AUGAGCCCUUUCGACUUAUCUUGUAUAGGUUCAGAGCUAGAUACAGCCAGACGAUCUCGUGCCAUUCCAACCUCAACUAGUCCUACUCCUACCCCGACAGCAGAUCGACCAUUGCCUGCGCUAUCAUCUUCAGUAGAAUCGGACACUUCUACUAUACUAGAGGAUAUACCAUCUGAGGAUGAGGCGGUAGUAUCCAAGUACGAUGAUCAGAUUUUGAACAAGAAGAAGGAAAAGGAGACGAACCACGAACGACCUUAUCCUUUAUGUCUCCUUUGUCUUGAUAGACCGCCUUCUGCUGUAUUAUUACCUUGCUGUCAUCUGAAUCUAUGCUACAUCUGUGCUCCCCUCCUAAUCCAUCGAUCUACCAAAAUCAAGUGUUCUACUCCACCUAUAACUCUAUCAUCCAACGAUCUUUUGCCUGCAGACAUAUCUGAACGACAGAUAGAAUCGGAGACAGUGACUGAGACGGACUGCUCAAGGAUCCCUUAUAAUCAGAUUCUCUAUCGAGCUACGUUGAAUCAUCCGAAAUCUCGGAAAUUGGGGUCAGGAGGGUAUAGACCUCCGGUAGAGAAUCAUCCAGGAGGGGAAUAUACGGCUGAAGGGAUUUUACAAUCCCAGCAAGACCUAGGGAAGGAAGAGAGUGUAGUUCAAGGUGGUAGGAUUGUCAUGAGCGAUACUUGGAAUGGUAUAGGACGACAGAUAGGUGGGGUAGAUGAGGGUUCAAAAUGUUUGGUAUGCCGAGCUGGAGUCAAAGGUUGGUUGAGGGUUUAUACUGGCUAG